GUUUAAUGGCAUUUCAGCAGUGUGCACAGUGUCACCCAUGGUUCAGUAAUGUGCUGUUAGGUACAGGAAGCUGUGCCUGUUCAGUCUGACACUUAGCAUUGCUGCUUGCCAAGUGCACCAGGUCUAAAGAAAUUGUUAAGAGGAUUUGUAAGCUCGUGUCAAAGCAUAUUCAUUUAGUAUUAUUGGAUACUACCAUUAGGUUGCAGUAAUGGAGCUGUUUCUCAAGAUUUUGAAUCUAAAUGGAGUAUUUAAGCUGUUUUAGUGUUGGACUUUGCAAAGCUUGUCCUAUUUUUAUUUUUUUUUGUUUAACUUCCUAACAUCUUCGUUCUCAGAGGCUGCAAUUUGGGUUUGAUCUCUGCCCAAGACCACUAUUUAAAUGAAGGGCCUUAAAUGAUUGAAAUUGCAGGAGGAAAGCAUUUUCUGUUCUCUUUAGGCAUACGUUCCGUUGAACUUGCUUCAGCUCUUAAAUUCAGUCAUCUUGACAUGAGCAAAGGCAUCUAUCUCAACAUGUGCAAUUAAUUGCUGCAAGAAACAGCUACGGUACGUUUUGGGGAGGGGGUUAGGUUUUGUGGUUUAGGUGAUGGAAUCAGCAAUAGUCUUGCAUCAUGCAUGGUAUGUUCAUCUUUGUUCCCCUGUCAGCCUCCCUGAUCUUUGGCAAAGAUCUUCAACUUCAGAAAGCCUUGCUUGUGUUCGUUACCGUGUUCUCGUUAAAUUCUUGAACUCAUGGUCUGAUGUGGUGUAACUGCUCUAAACCCAACUACCUGCUUGGUUACAGCUGAGCUUGAUAACCUUCGUGUAGGAAAUAGGUAAUAGUGGAUGUCUGGUCUCACAGGCAUUUCCCUCUGAAAGCUGGUUUACUCCAUGUCUUCAACAUUUUCAUUACAGAUUGUUUUGUGGGGUGUGCAUGGGAAGCCUGGUUGGUCUGGUUGUUACAUGUGACUAACCAAGCUCAUUAUCACCUAAAAAGCUAUUUUAAGGCUUAAAAUACUCAUUCUAUAGUGAUGAUUAGGAAUUUGAACUUUCUCCGUAGAGAGAAGCAGAUCUGGAAUUUGAUAGCAUUUUUAACCUUUUAUCUAGUACUGUUCCAUGGUGUGGGUGCCUAGAGUUGCAGGCCUGGUGUACUCAGAAUCCCCUCUGAACAGGACAGCUUCCUGGCAUGGAGUUUAGCAGUGAUACUUUCCUGUGAGAAACUGGGACAAGUGAGCGUUGCUACGUUGGAGGAAGAGGUCCACAAGGUUGUGUUUGAUUUUGGAAGUUCUCUGAGUGGGUGUGUAUGGGGUUGGCAGGUGUUGUCAGGAAACAUGUAAUAACUCAGUCAGGAAUAAUUUGUGUGUUUGGGGAUGCAGAAGGAAGUAGCAACAAUUGUUGCUGUGUCAGGCAUCAUUUGUUGUUUUGAAUCAGUUAAUUUAGUGAGACUGUCUUGGUGCCAGCUUUUAGGUAAUAACAGCUGCCCAUUUCUCCCAAGUCAUGGUAAAGUAGUUCUUUGAGUGCUUGGGCUGAGGAUGGGGUGGCAUGUUGCUUCCAGGGUGGCAAUAAUUCAGAGUGCUUGAGUCUCCAAUGCAGGGGCGAAUUCUGUCAGCAAGUGGGACAUGAACCUAUGCUAUUUUGUCCUUGAAACUGCAAAGCCUAUGGGUAUAUCCUGUCCUGCCUUGCAGGAGCCUGGGGUUAUGUUGCUACAAUGCUAGUGGGUUAGCCCUGGUUUGGGAAGGAGCUGGGGAAAGGUGUUUUGGGUAAGGGUGAUCCGACUCCAUUUCCUCAGGCUUUCAGUUCAUUCUCUUCAGUACCUGGCUGGCAUUAAGGUGAGUGCAAGCUGUGUCAGCUGGGUGGUGGGCAUUCAUCUUCCACGUGGCAGGACAGCAGUGGGGUUGUCAGCAUGGGAAGUUCCCGUUUGCCUCAUACCCUGUCAUGAAGCCAACGUGAAGCUGGGAGGAGGGAGAAGCAAAAGAAGCCCUGCUUCCAACCAGAGAAGGGGCUCAGCCUGCCAGCCCUGUCCUCCUGUCCACAUGCCUGGGCAGCACAGUGCUUCUUUCUUCCCUCCCUCUGUUGCUUUUUGUGUCCUGGUAACGUUGCUUAUGUUAGAGACCGUAUAUGUUGGUAACAUGGCUGCAUUUUAGGGUGCAGAAAGCUUCCUGUGGUCCUCUGAGCUGCUCUGAAGGCUGUAGCUCCAGGAGGAAUGAACAAAACUCACCCCCAGUGAACCGCCCCUGUGUAGCCACCCAUAACUGGACAGGCUUCUUGUGCAAUGACAGAGUGACCUGCAUCCCAGCCAGCCAGGUCUGUGAUGGAACUGCCAACUGUAGAAAUGGAGAGGAUGAGCAGGAGAAACUCUGUGGUGACCUGCCCCACAGCCUGCCGGCAUACCUGGUUUUCCACUGCGGUAACCCUGAGCACUGGGUCUAUGCUGACCAGAGGUGUAAUGGGAUGAACGACUGCGGAGACUGCUCCGAUGAGAUGGGGAGCUUGGCUGCCUGCCCUCCCUGCGGCCCAGCGUGGUGGAACUGCAGCCCUGUUCACUACAAGUACUGCUCCUGUGUGCCCAGGGCACUGUGCCGCGAUGGUGUGCAGCACUGUGUGAGCUGGUCGGAUGAGUACCUCUGCAGGCCGUGAGGUCUGGGCACCAAGAAGUGUUUGACACGGCGAGGUGCUUCCUGCACUGUCACUUCCUGCUGUGCCACCACCCUGGAAAUUCUGGCACAAGCAGGCCCAGGUGAGCAGCUGCAAAAGGCCUGCAGCAGAGAUGGGUGCUGUGCUGCUGGCAUCCAGGUGCUGCAGGCCGGGCAUCAGCUGUGGGACACCUCUGUGGGUUCUCCUGAGCACCUCUUGGGGCUCUGAGGGUGCGGAGUGGCAGCUUGGUGCUUAAUGAGCAGCUGUUGGACUGAGAUGUGUUGUAGAGCAGUUAGAAAGUGAAAAAGGAGGGAAACGAAGUCUGUUGCAUCCUUGGAGCUGUGAGCAGAGGAAAACCAAGAGCUGCUGCCAGGCCAUGGGAUGACAUGGGAUCUGCUCAGUUUGCUCCUCUGCCAGUGCCGCAGGACCAGCCAGCUGCCUUUACAGCACCCACGAGAUGUAGGUACAGAUGUGUCAUUGAAAUAUAAGAAAGCUGUGGUCUUUCUCUCUUCUUUUGAAAACCUUGCCUGUGUCUGAAACACCAAUCCCAGAUCUAGUAUUCCAGGCCUCCAAAAACCACUGGGCACUAUUCUUCCUGCAUGCCAGCGCAUAGAUCUUCAAAAAUAAAUCCCGGUUCACUCA